AUGUUAAUCUUCAAUUUACUACUACUAUUUUAUACAUCAUUAACAUUAGCUAUAUCUACAAAUGAUCAACAUAAAGAAGGUUAUUGUAAUCAAUUAAAUAAUUGUGGUAAAAAAUCAAUAUUUGGAAAACCUUUACCUUGUGCUACUUUUGAACCUGCUAUCAAAAUUUCACCAGAAUCAAAACAAAAGUUGAAUAAAAUUUGUGGAGAUAGUUUUAAUUUCGAAUAUGUUUGUUGUUCAGAUGAACAAAUAGAUGACUUAAAAUCAAAUUUAAAAAGAGUAGAUCCAAUUAUAUCAUCAUGUCCUGCUUGUCAUCAAAAUUUCUAUAGUUUCUUUUGUCAAUUUAGUUGUUCACCAAAUCAAUCUAAAUUUGUUGAAAUUUUAAAAACACAAGAAUCAAAAGAUUUAAAAAAAGAAAUUAUAACUGAAAUAAAUCAAUAUGUAAGUCCAAAAAUGGCUAAAGAAUUUUUCAAUUCCUGUAAAAAUGUUAAAUUUUCAGCUACAAAUGGCUAUGCAAUGGAUUUAAUUGGUGGAGGGGCAAAAAAUUAUUCACAAUUUUUGAAAUUUUUAGGUGAUGAAAAACCAUUACUUGGUGGAUCUCCAUAUCAAAUAAAUUUUGUUUAUGAAGAAAAGGAAAAUUUGGAAUUGAGAGAUCAAAAAGUUUAUCCAUGUAAUGAUGAAAAAUAUUCUUGUGCAUGUACUGAUUGUGAAAGUGCUUGUCCUGAAUUACCAAAGAUUAGAAAUUUGAAUAAAAAGUGUACUGUUGGUGGAUUACCAUGUUUUUCAUUUACAAUUUUGGUUAUUUGGAUUUGUUUUAUUAUUAUAUUAGGUGGUUAUCAUAUUUAUAUUGCAAAUACGGCAAAAUCAAGACAUAAUUCAGUUGCUGAUGAUGAUUUAGAUACAAUGAUUUCUCCAUUAAGUUAUGUGACUAUGAAGAAAUCAAUCAAGAGAAAUUCAGAAAUUUUUAAUGAUUAUUUAGAAGAUGUGUUUCUGAAAAUUGGUCGAUUUUGCUCAUCUUUUCCUGGUAUUACCAUUGGUUCUACAUUAUUUAUUAGCUUUUUACUUUGUCUUGGAUUAUCUAAAUUGCAAAUUGAAACUGAUCCCAUUAAUUUAUGGGUUAGUCCAAAUGAACCAGCAUAUAAAAAUCAACAAUAUUUUGAAAAAAAUUUUGGUAAAUGGUAUAGAAUUGAACAAAUUAUAAUUAGUUCAAAAGAUGACUCACCAGUUUUAAAUUGGGAUCUUGUUAAAUGGUGGUUUAAAAAGGAAUCAGAAUUGGAAAAUAUAAGUAAUGUUAAAUUAUCAGAUAUUUGUUUUAAACCAUUAGGUGAAACAUGUGCAAUUGAAUCAUUUACUCAGUAUUUUAACGGUGAUAUAAAUCAAUUAACUGAAUCAAAUUGGUCUAAUAAAUUACAAAAAUGUGUUGAUUCACCAGUUGAAUGUUUACCUAGUUUCCAACAACCUUUAAAAUCGAAUAUCUUGUUUGAUAAUGAUGAUGUUACAAAGUCAAGAGCAUUCAUUAUUACAUUACUAGUUAAUAAUGAUGAUGAAAAGUUAGCAAUUGAAUAUGAGAAUCAUUUACAAAGCUGGAUUCAAACUUUGAAACAUGAAAAUUUACACAUUUCAUAUAGUACUGAAAUUUCAUUAACACAAGAAUUGAAUGAUUCUUCAAACACAGACAUCAAAACAAUUGCAAUUUCAUAUUUGGUUAUGUUUAUUUACUCAUCAUUUGCAUUGGGUGGUAGAUUACCAAACAAAAUUUCAUCAUUAAUUAAAACCAGAUUUUUAUUAGGUUUAUCUGGUAUCUUCAUAAUUUUAUUAUCUGUUGUGACAUCUGUUGGUUUCUUUUCAUUAAUUGGUUUAAAAUCAACAUUAAUAAUAGCUGAAGUUAUUCCAUUUUUAUUAUUAGCUAUUGGAAUAGAUAAUACUUAUUUAAUUGUACAUGAAUUGAAAAGAACUGAAGGUGAUUCAAUUGAAGAUAGAAUAAGUAAAACAUUAGGUAAAAUGGGUCCAUCAUGUUUUAUAAGUUCUUUAUUACAAUUUUGUAUGUUUUUAUUAGCUACAGUAGUUGAUAUGCCUGCAGUUCGAAAUUUUGCAUUUUAUAGUGCUGGUGCUAUAUUAAUUAAUUUCAUACUUCAAAUGACUUGUUUUAUUGGAUUUUUAGCAUUAGAUCAAAGAAGAUUAGAAGAUAAUAGAAUUGAUUGUGUACCAUUUAUACAAAUAAGUUCAAUCAAAUUACCCGAAGAUGAUGAAGAGAUUUGUGAUAAUGAUAAUGACGAUGAAAUACCAAAAGAAUCAACAAGUGGUAAAUUUGCAACAUUUAUAAUCAAAUAUAAAAGAAGAAUUUUAACUUUAUUUGUAUUAUGGUUAGGUAUUUCAUUAAUUUUAUUACCAAAUAUUAAUUAUGGAUUAGAUCAAAGAAUAGCGUUGCCUAGAAAUUCCUACCUUAUUGAUUAUUUCAAUUCAAUGUAUGAAUAUUUUAAUGCAGGACCACCUGUAUUUUAUGUUGUCAAGGAUUUAGAUUUAUUAAAUAGAACAAAUCAACAAAAAUUAUGUGGAAAAUUUUCAGGUUGUGAUAAAUAUUCAUUAGCUAAUAUUUUGGAACAAGAAUUUAAAAGAUCAAAGAAAUCUAUGAUUAAUGAACCAACAUCCAAUUGGUUAGAUGAUUUUUUUACAUGGUUAAAUCCAGAUUUAGAUCAAUGUUGUAGAUUGAAAAAAUCAAAUUUGAAUGAAUUUUGUUUACCUAGUUCACCAGAUAGACAAUGUCAAACAUGUUAUUUUAAUAAAAGUUAUGAUACAUCAAUGGAUAUUUUCCCAAAAGAUUCAGAUUUUAUGUUUUAUUUUAAUCAAUGGAUUCAAGAACCAAGUGAUCCAUGUCCAUUAGGUGGGAAAGCACCAUAUUCAACAAGUAUAUCAAGAAAUUCAACAGAUAUAAUUUCGUCUUAUUUUAGAACAUCUCAUGUACCUUUAAAGUCUCAAGAUGAUUUUAUAAAUGGAUAUAAAAAUUCAAUUAGAAUAAUUGAAGAAAUUAAAAAAUAUACUAACUUAGAUAUAUUUCCAUGGUCUCCAUUUUAUAUAUUCUUUGUUCAAUAUUUAAAUAUUUUAAGUUUAACAGUUUCAUUAUUAUCAAUUGCAUUAUUUAUAAUUUUUAUAAUUUCAUAUUUAGUAUUUGGAACAUUUAAAUCGAGUUUUGCAAUGACAAUUACAAUUCUAUCAAUUUUAAUAAAUAUUGGAGGAGUGUUAAGUAUUUGGAAUAUUUCAUUAAAUGCCUUAUCAUUGGUUAAUUUAUUAAUUAUAUGUGGUAUUUGUGUUGAAUUUACAAUUCAUAUAACUAAAAGAUAUUCACAAAUGGUUAUAAAUGAUGAUGAAUUUUAUGCAAAUUAUUCAAAUGAAAUUACUUCAACUAUAAGAGAUGCAAGAAUCAUUAAAACUAUGAAACAAUUGAGUGGAUCAAUUAUAACUGGGAUUAUAAUUACUAAAUUUAUUGGAAUUUCAAUUUUAGCAUUUACUUCAUCAAAAAUAUUUGAAAUUUAUUAUUUUAGAAUGUAUUUUACAUUAAUUACUGUUGCUUCUUUACAUGCUUUAGUUUUAUUACCUAUACUAUUGAGUUUAUAA